CCAUCGAAUGCCUUGAUUGUUCCCAAUAUCUGGUGCGCAUUGCAAAGCCCAUCAUGGGGUUUCGAUUCCUCGAACGGGAUUCUUCCGAGGAGCGCGCAGGGUCUGAAAGAGCGAUAAUACAUCGCCGGCGGAAGGAAUGGGUGCCCUUCUAUGUAGAUCCGUUGCAAUUUACCAGCGGCGAUGACUAUGCUUUCCGGCGCCAUGAAGAUGCGACAAACAUUGAGCUGUUCUUUGACCUCUUCUUCGUCGCCAACCUGACAACAUUUUCAAGUGUCCAUGAAAUCAAUGAUCGUGAAAGUCUCUUCUCCUUUAUGGGCUUUAUCGCUAUUAUCUGGGCAACAUGGCUCCAGAUAGCUCUGUACGAUGUCCGUUUCGCGUUCGAUUGCUACCUUGAGCGUGCUUACAAACUCGUCCAAAUGGCAAUCAUGCUUGGCUUUGCAGCUGUGGGCUCGAAUUUCAGUACUUCGAUAACAAAUGAAAACUACAAAGCCUUUGCAGUUAUCACAGUAUUGCUGGCUGUCAGCAGAGUAUUGUUCAUCCUUCAAUAUUCUGUACUCAUGUAUUUUGUCAAAAGGAGACACCUGGCCUCUAUCAAACCACUAAUCUUCACUGUCUGCGUCUUUGCAUUGACUGCAGUCCUUUAUCUUGCUCUCCUUGCUCCAUUUCUCGAACAUGACUCGGCUCAGAAGAUUUACAAUCUAUGGUACAUUGCCAUUGUACCGGAAGCGCUAGCUGUUUUCCUCGUGUCCAUCAAAUACCCUUUACUCAGUUUCGAGGGAACGCAUCUGGUGAAACGGAUGGCACUACUUACACUGAUUCUGCUCGGCGAGGGCGUUAUUACUGUCACAAAGACCAUGACCAAGAUGGCAGGACAGAAUGCGUGGAACUGGAACGUAUUCUGGGAAGUGCUUGUGUUUGCAGGGACUAUUUAUUUGCUCUGGCAACUCUACUUUGACCGCCACGCAAUCGUCACAUCAGGUAUUCUGGGGGAACAAGUCUGGGCACUUUUACAUUUCCCUUUCCACAUAGCACUUGCCCUCGUCUUUGAAGGGAUCCAAAAUUUCUCCAUUGUCAUUAACAUCAGCUACCAAAUCGAGAAGCUCAGCAACGUACUAGUAUCCUCAUGUUUCGAGCGGGGCGAAAACGGAGUUCAGCUCGCCAAUGCGCUCAAUAAAACCAUAACCAGUUUCCACUUUGCUACCAAGGACAACCCUCACCCAGAGGGUCUGGAAGCCAUCAACGAUAUCCUCAUCGAAAUCCAAAACACGACUUCCGGAUGCUCCGCCGACACACCGCAAGCAGCACAGCAUUUGACGCCACUGUUGCAAAAGUUUGCCGACGUCACCGUCGUUGCGCUUUUCAAGCGAGACGGCAUCGAGCCUCCAGGCAAAGGAGGAACACACAUCGAUGAUGUAGACGCCGUGUUUCAUGUCUUCUUCUUGAGUUAUGCAUACUUUUUCAUCGCAGCCGCCAUUGUCCUUUUUGCGUUUAUGGCUUUUUUGUUUAUCGUCCGACGCCCGAAUCGGGAUAUUCUGGACUACAUUGCGAUAGUGGUACGAGGUGUUAUGGGAUUUCUCAUGUUGGGUCUUGCCGCGUUGGGCUUCAAUGACCAGGCCAUGGAGAAUUUUGUAGGAAGUUUAAUGAUUCUGCCGACUUUUAUGCUGGUUUUAUUCGCCAUCGUCCUGGCAGAUUGGAUCCUCGACUGGGUAUCCAUCCGCCGCAAAGGCCGCAAUUACAGCAUCCCGGCCGCCGAAUUAAAUCUUACUCGCGUCAAUGCACAUUGUCCACGGCACGCAAACACCACAAUCCGCACACCCACCAUGACUAUUGCACGCGACGACGACGACGGCGCUUUCAACGUUGGCCGCGGCCGCGGCCGUGAUGGCGAUGGCGAUGGCAGUGUACCCGAGACGCCCUUUUCGCCUGAAACCAAGUCUGGCUGGUUCAGCGAACCUGUCACGCGCCCCGUGGCCGUACGCCAGGACGCAUCCGGCGGUGGCUCAGGUUCCGGUUCAGCUUCAUCCAGAGAAAUGGAUGACAAUGAUGCCAUUGAGCAUGUCGAGAAGGUCGUCGGACAGGACCAUCUUUCACAGGACCACGAUGAUACACGAAGAGGAAGCAUUCCUGGUCAUGGUCCUGGUCCUGGUCUUCACCCUGGCAGCGUUUCUGGCACGGCUAUAGCUACAGCCACAGGGACAGCCACGGCCACAGGGUCAGGUCCAGCAGUAUCCUUCGCCGAUUCCACCAGCGAACAUGAUGAUCGCCGCCACCGGCCCAGCGUCAUGUCUCUCAGUUUGCGCGAACUAGACCGCGACGAGUUUCUGAUCGGUGGACAGCUCGGGCGGAGACGAAUCGUCCCUCUCGCAACAAACGCGACAGACUCGUGGAGACGCAGAGCAAGUCAGCCUCAGCCUUUGCGAACGACGAGCGGAUUAGGGACAGGGCUGGGGAUUGAUGAGCAGCGUAGCGCUGGCGCUGGCGGUGGGGCUAAUAAUAGAGAUGGAGGUGGGAAACGAAGGUCUUCUAUGCGAUGAUGUUUUUUUUCCCUCCUGUCCCUUUUCCCCAUUUCCUUUUCCUAUUCUUCUUGAGGACUUUUUUUUGGGUCUCUAUUUCUCUGUUGUUCCAAGUGUACAUUUGGAUACAUUCAUGUUAUAGCGUAACUCUCGGGUCUCGAAUGGUCAUAGCUAAGAUUUUAUUGAAAUGCGAC